CCGAAGCGACGGUUACGGUUCGAUUUUGCCACCCAGUUAUAGAACUACCUUUUCGGUUCCACCGAGAGUGCAUCUGCAGCAGAAAAGAAGCACAGAAUGAGCGGUCCGUCGGGGAUGAUGGCCAACCUGGCCGAGGUGGUCAAGGAGGCCAAGGACGAGGAGAUCCAGAUGCCCAAGUCCAACGACUUCUUCGAGUCGAAGACCUUCCGCCUGCUCACCCUGGUGCUCUACAUGGGCGGCGUGAGCGGCAUGGGCCUCACCCUGGCGGUCUACUACCUCUUCAUCUGGGACUCGCGCAUGCCGCCGCUGCCCGUGUUCAAGCACACGCAUCCCAUUGGCUAGGAUCGGAUGGCCGGAGAAGCAGCCGCCAGCCAUAUUGUUCUCCCAUCGACAUCAGUGACCAGAUUCGGAUAAAAUUGUGAUACCCGAAAAAAUAGCCAUUCGCCUCCUGAACUCAUCGGAAGUCACCGCGGAGCAGUUCUACAAGCACAUCCUCGAGCAGUACCGCAUCCUCAGCCACAUGCAGCAGCAACG